CAAGGUUAGUAGGUUGUUCAUUGAGGGGAUAGAGAUGGAGAAGAGAUCGUUGGGGAUUUUCUUUCUGCUGCUCAUUGUCUUAGCCUUCCAAUGGGUGGCGCAGCCAGCGGAGGGUAGAGUUUGCGAGUCAAAGAGCCAUAAGUUCAAGGGCCCAUGUUUGGGUGACCACAACUGUGCGCUGGUGUGCAGAAACGAAGGUUUCUCAGGUGGCAGAUGUCGAGGAUUCCGUCACCGCUGCUUCUGCACUAAGCUUUGCUAGCUCACGGAAAGGAUUUAAUGCAAUGCGUGCCCCGUAUCUUUGUUCCCAGUAUUUUUGGCCUUUAGGUUUUCAAUAAGGUCUCUUCCAGUCCACCUUCCAUCGUCGGGGGUGUUUCUUCUCCUUUUGUGUGGCCUUGGGUACUCGUUUGUUUCUUGUUUUGUACUGUAGUGAAACCUCGUUUGCAGCUACCAUCAAUGGAGGUAGUUAAUGGCCAUGAAAAUGUGUUGAUGCCACUACUUCUCUCACGUUCUCCAUGUAAACUCACUUGGCUUCAUGGCAUCCGUUUCCGGU